AGCCGCCGUCACGGCCGCCGGUCCCCCCAUGGAUAAGGCGGGCUCGCUGCACACCUCGGUGCCCGCGCCGCCGCCCCGGCUCUACCUGCCGCGCAACUUCAGCUGCAGCGCCUGCCUGUAUGGCAGCCUGGCCGAGCAGUGCAAGGGGGGCUGCAGCCCCGACGGCGACGGCGCGCCCCCGCCCGUGGUGCGGGAAGCGGCGGGCGAGAAGCCGCCGCCGCCGCCCCGCGGCCGGGAGCCCUCGCUGCCCGCCGUGCCGCCUAGCCCCACGCAGCGCCGCCGCGCCAAGUCGCUGCCCACGCCCGGCGACCGCAGCCUGCGGCCGGCGCUGCAGCAGAGCCCGUCUCGCCGCAAGACGGUGCGGUUCGCCGACUCGCUCGGCCUGGAGCUCACCUCCGUGCGCCACUUCUGCGAGGCCGACCUGCCGCAGGUGCCGCCGCCCGCCCCGCCGCCGCCGCCGCGCACCGCCGACCUCUUCAAGACCAGGAAGCCGCCGGCGCUGGGCGAGCUGGAGCCGGUGCUGUUCGGGCCGCCGCCGCCGCUGCUGGAGCCGCUCUUCCCGCCGCAGCCCGGCGCCAGCCCCGGCUUCGCGGAGCGGGUGCGGCAGCACAAGGUGAGGCUGGAGUGGGUGCGGGCCGAGCCGGCGGGGCUGCGCGGCGCCGUGCGCGUCCUCAACCUGGCGUACGAGAAGGCCGUGUCGGUGCGCUACACGCUCAACGGCUGGGCCAGCUGCGCCGAGGUCCCCGCCGCCUACCAGCCGGCCGGGCCGGCGGACGGCCUCACCGACCGCUUCGCCUUCCUCCUGCCCUUGGGUGCCGCCGCCGCCGAGGCCACGCUGGAGUUCGCCGUCCGCUACCGCGUCGCCGGCGCCGAGUACUGGGACAACAACGAGGGUACGAACUACCGGCUGCGCGGCCGGCAGCGCGGCCCGCCCGCCGGCGGCCUCCCGCAGGACCCCGACAGCACCGCCUGGGUCCACUUCAUCUGAGGCGGGGGGCGGCGGGGGGCGCGGAGCCCGGCGGGCCGGGGGCGCCCCCUCAGGGCCGGGCUCGGCGCCCCCCGCCGCCCUGCCCGCCCGGGGGUCUGCGGCCCCCCAGCCGCCUCUCUGUAAGUCGCCGGCGGGUGUGCUCCCCAGCCCUGUUUACAGACGAUAAUUUAUAUGCUCUCCUUCAGUCGCGGGGUGGGGGGGCCCUGCCGGCCGGGACGGGGGGCGCCGUGGCUACUCUCGCCGCCCGGGGCCGCAGGGCUGCCUGGUCACCCCACAGGUGCGAGCCGGCGGCUCCCGGGGGCCGGAGGUCGGGAUCGGCUGCUGUCACCCCCGCGGGGCCGGCCGCGGUGACACGGAGGGCAGUGUCACAGGGCACCCGCCCUGCCGUCCUGCUCCGCUAAUCCCGCUUAAGCAAAGCCAGGCCCGGCGGGGCCGCUCCCGGCCCGCAGCCGCGCUGCCUCCCGCUAAUUGCCCCGCGGGGCGACGGGCCUGGCAGGGCCGGGGCCAGCGGCACGCAGCGGGUUUGGACCCAAAGAGCCACGAGUACAGGUGCCACCAGGCGUACCUGUGUUCCAUCGUGCUGUCGCAAGUGGUGGAUCGGUUCAAACAGAAAUUUUUUAAAAAAUUUGAACCCUCUUUCAGGUGUCUAUAAACAUCUUUAGAAAAGCAAAACAAUGUCGCAUACUCAUAGGAAUGCGAGCCACUGAGAGGUUUUAAAAAGCAAGUGUUCCGUUUUAAAAUUCACCUGGUAUGUUGUCGUAAAGGUUUGUCAGGAUCUGAUGUUUGUGUUGGCAGGGAGGGGCCCAUAAAGCUGCUUGUGUCAGGUCAGCAGGAAAGUCGUGGAACAUGCACCAGAGGAACUAGAGAUGGCAAGAGCUGAAUCCAUAAUUCUAGUCUGCAUCCCAAGCAACGCUUCCAGUUCUAUUCCUGUUAACAGUUUAAUUGCAUCUCUCAUGCUAAGGUAUCAGUGCAGGAGCCUGCUUUCUGAAAAACAAAAUGCUUCAAAGUUUUCAUCGUCAUUUCAGUGACAGAUUUCACAAAACUGGCUAAAUUUAGUCAGACAAACUGCAAAAAGUUGUAGCUUGCCGUAGAAAAAUACAUCAACAAGAAUUACAGAGCAUCCUGACUUCUGCCUUCAAAAGUAUAUUUUAAAUUACAUUAACAGUAAACGUAGUCUUUUCCUUUUGAAACUUGCUUUUUAGGAGUUCAGCUAAAUACAGGUGCUGGUGCCAAAUCUGGGUAUUGAUUUUCCAGGAUCUAGGUGUGUAUGUGUUUGCAAGUGAGGGACCUCUACGAAUAUGACUUCUAAGAAUGGUACAACCGAUGUCAGUGUCAUCAUCUGCUUAUGAAGGACUGUAAGAUCAGGCCUUUGACGUUUUGGAUCUUUGGUAGAUUGUUUAGGAAUGGAGUGUGUUUAACUGCAUUUUUCCAGGUAACCCUCAAAAGGGUUAAGUGUCCCAAGCAGCUUGAGUAAUGUUGAGUUCAUGGAACCUUUUCACUUUGGUGGGAAUUGAGAGCACUUUUGUCUCCUGAGGGUCUGGUUCAGUCAGAAUAAUUAAACUUAUAAAUUCGAGGGGGGAGGGAAGUCUGGAAACUUGAUGGAAAAAGAGUAUUUCAUUUAAUUUCUCUAGAUUACUGUUUCUGAUUUAAUAGAAACAAUAGAAAGACUUCUCCUGUAGUAUUGGUAACUUGGUUUUUAUUUCUCAGACAGUUUUCUAAUCCCCAUGUUUUUAAUAGAAACAGAAUAUAAAUGAAAUUUACUGUCAUCUACUGAGGAUUUCACAUUUUAGAGUAUCAAGGCCCAAAUCUUCUAAUACAGUAAUCCUCUGUAUUGCUAGGACACAUUUAUAAAGCUACAAUUGCAGAAUUAGGGUCUUAAAAUGUGAUAAUUAAAGCAUGUUAAGUGGUGUAUUUGGUAAAGAAAGCCCAAGUGUCUUUUAGUUAAACUUAUUCUUUUUAUAAGAGCCUUAAUACUGGAGAGAAGGAAAAGGACUUGUCUCCAUUUGAAAGCACUUUGAAAUCUGGUGGAAAUAUAGCCAAACACCUUUUUAUGUAUGUGUUAAGCUUUCAGAAACAUUUUUUUGCUUGGCCUUUUUUACCCGAAUAGCGAACCAACAACUGUUACAGAGAGUGAUGAAAAGGCUUGGAGAAAAAAUAUAGUUUCUAUGCAUUUUAAACUAACUGAUACUGCAACUUUGCUUAUAAAGACUUCACAGGAUUUCCUGUUUGCUGUUUUAAUGGCUUUAGAAGCACAAAUGGUGCUAAAACCAUUUUUAACAGUGAAUAACUGUAGAACUUCUUUUCCAGUGAAUGGCAAUGCUUAUUGCUGUUUGAUUUAUGCAGCAUCUGCGGGUCUCUAGUCAUUUAAAAAACUCCUUAUAGCAUCUGUGGCUUAAACUCUUUAAAUCUGGAAUACCUAAAUGGAUGUACGUGCAUCAAGUACGCUAGCAAGUUGUUGUAAUUACCUUUCUGGUUGUUUUUUUUUGAUCAUGACUAAGGUGAAAUUACUGUUGCUCUCAGUUGAAAUUUUGUAGGUAGAAUUGGGCUAUGGCUUUAUAAUACUGUUCAUAUAUUAUUGCUCUUUUAUUUGUGGCCCCUUUCAUCAAACACGAAUCUGAAUAUUAAACCUUUUGAGGAUGUAGCAUACCAGAAGAAUGUUUUGAAAAACUGAGUCUCCUGAGCUUUCAAGCAGUUAAGCCUGUCCUCAGCACUAAAUUUGGUAGGCUUGAACUUGAUCACAGGUUAUUGAUGAGAUAUGUGCAAGUCCAGUAAAAGACACGGUCUUCUAGAAGCAUUUAUAAACACCUACUUUUUAAAGCCUGGAAAGGUAAGGUUGUGGCCAGUCAACUUUGACUAGAGAAUGCUAGUGAUGAAAUCUAGUGGGAGAGGUUUGAGGUGUUUUAAUAGAAAUCUAUCAGUGGUAUAUGCCAAAGCUCUGCUAUGUUGAUUACACUUUUUCACUAAUAUCACUUGAAAUUAUCUCCAAGCAAGAUCUAUCUAGAUCUCCAAAAACAUCUCUAGUUGCAAUGGCUAUAAGUAUUCUUUCCACUGGCAGCCUUUGUAUACGGUUUCCAAUCCUUUAGAGUUCAAUCUGAUGCCAUCUAUGUGUGGCAUGCUAGAAGCAUUGUGAUUAAAAAAAAAAAAAAAAAGUGAUGGAAUAAAAAUCCCAAAUAGUUAUUAUGUAAUAUUUACAUAAAUUAUGACUUUGAGGAGAAAGACCUGUGUUGAAGAGGAUAAUUUUCAAGUUGGCGGGACAUCAAUCAUUUCAAUGGGAGCAGGAACAAAACAACUUCUUAAAAUCACAUGUCUAAAGAACACAGUUCCACAAAAUGAACUUUCAGAGGCAAAGUAAAAUAUUUUUAAAUUUUCAAGCCAACUUUUUUUCUGGGGGAAAAAAAAUGUCAGCUGUUUGUAUUUUUAUUCGCAUGAAUAGAGCCCAUGCCACCUUCCUUUCCAAGUGAUACUAGAAUGGUUUAGGCAAGACAAUAAUACUUAGGUCGUGUACUUCACUUUUAAAUCAAUUACUCAUUGCUUAUGUCUCUGCAGAUGUAAAAGCGUACCUGUCAUUUAUUGUGUAAGGUUGUAGCUUUAUGAAAUGUGCCAUGUUAUUUUAUGUGCACUAUAAUGAUACUUUAUACAGUGAGUCAAAUUGUAGUGUAUGUCUGAUAUACGUUGGUGUUUGCUGCUUCACCCUUAAACUGGUAGAUCUUUUGCAUGGGGUUAUAUGCCUUUCAUGGCAAUAUUCUUGAAAUCUACCCUAAUUAUUAGAAAUCCUAAACGGAAUUGGAACUAUCAAGUGACUGUAAAUGGAAUUUCAGCUAGCUAAACGUAUUACUAUUUAUUAGCAUUAAAUCAGUAACUGAAACUGUCAUACGUAUUUUCAAUAUAUGUACAUAAUUUCAGGUAAAUUUUUUUUCUCCUCUUGCCAUUCACAAGUAACUUUUUAAUGUAAAUAUGUGUGCCUGGGUAUCUCGGUGAAGAACAGAAUAAGUGCACACUCUUUGUUGUUUCAGCAUAUGUGAGGGGAAAAUGUAUCACUUGAAUGAACAAAUGUCUGUUCAUGCAUAAGCAUGAUCUCUUUAUGGAUACAUGAAACCUUUUUCCAUAGCGCCAACAGGCAAGCAUCUGCUAAUUCUAUAUUUUAAUGUAAAGUAACUUACAGAAAUAUCAGAAUCAGCUUUUUAGCAUGUCAUUAAAUAUAUAUUGAAAUUUUUAUGUGCCUUUCAACAUUUCUUAGGAAGAAAUCCCAUGUGUUCCUUAGCUCUCUCACCAAAAGUCCAAUAAUGGCUUUGUCGUUAAUAUGAAAUUUAUACUAAAAAUAAUCAAUUCUAGUUCCUGAUACACUUACAGCUGUGCCAGGAAUUCUGUGUCUGUAGCAGCCAGAAGAAUUUGGUAAUAUUUUCUCAUGUUACAGUGAAAGAAUUUGCAGUCAGAAAUAUGUCUUCCUGCUAGACCUCAACAUUUAUGUAGUUAAGUAAAAAAAAAAAAACAA